GCGGAGCCCACCGUCUCCAUUCCAGAAGCGAAGACGGCCCAAGGGGCCAACGUGCUCGAAGCUUCUUCAGAGGUCACUGACCCCGAACGUAUGUACGCCUGGGAACGUGGUGAAAUCGACUAUACUGGGCGUGACAGAUUCUCCAAUAUUCUGGCAAAAAUUCGGAACACCAUUGGCAACUCCAAUGUUUAGGCUCCAUAACUACUGUCUUUCUACAGUUUACGUGCCCUUCGACCUCUCCUCCUAUUCGCCUUACUUAACUUCAUUUCGCGCAUUCUCUAAACAUGACCCCAACCGACAUCUCUCUUCUAACUAG